AAGAGCAACUGACAGCCUCCUCAGAGAUUUGAUAAGAGUACACUCCUAGAAGGCAGGGGCUUUGUCAAUUUUCAUCUUUAUAAUGUCUGAGUGCCUCAAUUAUAGUAACAAUAACAGCUAAUGAAUACAAUGCUUUAUGAUUUGUAAGUAUUUAAAUACAUUUUCUCAAUUAAUAGAUCUUAAUAAAUGUUUGCUGAACUGUGCCCUACUAUCAAUCAAUCAGCAAGCAUUUAACAAGCACCUACAAACUUGCCAGGUAUGCAAGGCCUAGGUGAUACAAAGAUAAAAAUAAAGAGGUCCUGCCCGGAAGGAGAUUAGGUUCUUGCAGGGGUGACAGAAAUAAAAGGUAAUUUUGGGGAAAGGUACCACUGGUCAGUUCCGCCUUCCAAGAGCUUGUGGGUGUUGUGGGUGGAUGGCAAACAGGAAGAUGGUGGGAUAUGGAGUUGGAAAGACCCUUCGAGAUCAAAUUUAGUCUAAGCCCUCAGGACCCCGAGGCCCCGGAUGCAAAAGUGUCAGUCUCACGGCCAUUAAAAGGCGGGGUUGAGAUUUUUGCUCCACACUAAUAGGCCCCUCUAAAAAUGGGCAGCCAGGGGGGAUAACUAUCGGAGAACGUGAAGAACUUCCACACCAGGCGGGCGUUCUGCCCCGCCCCCAGCCAGCCUCCCCGACGUCACAGCCCCGCCCCAUUGUAACGGUGGCGUUGCCCGGCGCUUGUGGUAGCCCGGCGAAGUCUCUCGGCUGGCCGAGGGCGCGAGGAGUUUCGCUCCCGGGUAGCACGAUCAGCUUCCUGCCUCUCGCACCGACCAUGUCGAGGCCGGUUUACAGAGGAGAGAAGGUCUGAGGGAGGGAGGAGGAAAAGGCAGGCUGAUUUGCCCUAGGGAUGAAGGUGGCUCGGUUGCAGACGGCGAGAGGCAGGUUUCGACGUCCCAAGUUCGGGCGCUACAGGUCCCCACGCUACAGGUCCCCACGCUACAGGUCCCCACGCUACAAGUCCCCGCGCUCCAGGUCCCCGCGCACCAGGUCCCCGCGCACCAGGUCCCCGCGCUCCAGGUCCCCGCGCUCCAGGUCCCCGCGCUCCAGGUCCCCAUACAGGCGCCAAGCCAAGGAGCGGCCCAAGGUCCCGCCCAAAACCCGAGCCAAAACACGCCAUAAAGGCAAGAAUGGCCACCGUUCCACGCUUCUCUUCUACUGGAGGAAGCAUAAGAGGGAACCUGGGACGGGCCAUUUGGAGAAUGGAGUGUCCGCGGUCCGCUCCGAGAAUACCAAGGCGGGGGCGGGGCUGUGUCCGGAGCCCGGGGCGGUCUCGAAGGCGGGGCUGGGGCUGAGGCUGGGGCUGCGGCUGGCGAGGAGGCUGAGGGAGGCUGCCCGCCUGCGCUCCUACAAGGCCUCCUAUCCCAGCAUUCCUUGGAUGACCAAGAUGGCGGCGCCCGGCGAAGGUCGGCGUUUCUCGCCCGCCAGCCUCUUCUCCUUCCUGCCGGGCGGCGCGCGGACCCAAGAGUCCAAGGAGGCGGCGGCGACGGAGACGGCUGGGGCGGCCGGGGAACCCGCCACGCGGAAGCGGCCCUGUCGGGCCUGCGUAGACUUCAAGACGUGGAUGAAGACGCAGCAGGCGCGGGAGACCUCGGAAAACGAGAUCCAGGUCGCGUUGGAAAACAAGUUGCCAGCUGAUUGCCCCCUGGAUCGGGAAGAGCUGGGGCGAAACAGUUGGGCUUUCUUACACACAAUGGCUGCCUAUUAUCCCGACUGCCCUACCCUGGACCAACAGGAAGAAAUGGCUCAGUUUGUACAUCUAUUUUCCAAGUUUUUCCCAUGUGAUGAGUGUGCUGAAGAUAUAAGGAAAAGGUUGAGCAGAAACCAGCCAGACACCAGCAGUCGGAGCAGGUUCACCCAGUGGCUCUGCCGCCUACACAACGAGGUCGAUCUCCAUCCCUAUUCUGAGGGCUGAAAAAGGAACUUGGCCUUCAUCUACCUACUCCUGAUGGAACAGUGUGGGAAGACUGGCUCUAUGUGACCCAUAUGUGCAUCUGAUAUUUGCAUCAUGCAACUCAUUGGGGCUAGGUUUGGGCCCUGCAGAAAACAUUGGGAGAUUUUUUUUUUUUCUGUAGCUGGAGGAAGAGGGGAACAUUAUCUCCACCCAAUUGAAUGCCAGAUCCCUGUGGAGCCCUGGAUAUAAGCAGUGUGACAUACAGGAAAACACACAACUUAGGAGUCAGGAAGACAUGAGAGUUGAUCUCAGCCCUGAUUUCUAGCCUUGGAUAAAUAUUUUUACAUUUGAGCCUGUAUUCUUAUUGGAAAGAUUAUAAAUCUUAUCCUACCUUUCUCAUAGGCUAUUAUAAGGAUCAAUUAAGAUAACGAAUAACAAAAUCACUUUGUAAAUUUGAGCCCUAUGCUCAAAGUAGGCUUCAACUUCUGGCUGAUCCUACCGAAAGUAGGAACUUUUUUUUUUUUUUUUUUGGUAUGAAAGGGCACUUUUAUCCUUGCGAAGGCUACUUUGAAGGAAACAUUCUGACUGCCAAUGUUGGGAUUGGAAAACAUUCUUUUGAACUCUUUUUUUUUUUUUUUCCCCUUCCCCAACUUUCCCUUUACUAAAUCUCCCUAUUAAUGUUAAGAGCAUCACUAUCCUCCCGGUCCUCCAGGCUCUCCCAGUGAAAUUCUUGACCCCUUACCAUCUCUCAACCUUAUGUCCAGGCUAUUACCCACACUUACCAUUUUCACCUUUGCAAAAUCUUGUCAAAUAGGCCCCUUUCACUUUUUUCUGACACUGCUACCACCUUGGUACAGGCCCUCAUCACUUCACAUCUAUACCAUUGCAGUAAUCCGUUGAUGGGUCUCACUGCCUCAGGUCUCUCCCCACUCCAAUCUGAUAGCCACCAAGUGAUUUUCCUGAAGAAUGGGUCUGAGUGUGCCCUACCCCUAUUCAAUAGAUCCCAGUGAAUCCUUAGUCCCUCCAAGAUUGACUAUAAAAAAACUCCAUAAUCUAAUCUAGGUCACUUGUGCUUCCACUUUUCUGGUGGUCCUAAACACCUUGCACCUUUACAUGUAUUCUAUCUGGUCACACUGGCCCUCUUGCUGUGCUUUGCACAAGAUAGUCCAUUCCUGAAAGGACAAUUUUACUAAUCAUCUCCCAUACCUGGCAUGUUCUACCUCAUAACUACUUCCUGGUUUCCUUCAGAUCUCAGCUAAAAAUCCUGCUUUUUAUAGGAAGCACUUCCUAAUCUCUCAACUCUGGUCCUGUCCCUCUAUUGAUUAUCUCCAAUUUAUCUCUGUUUAGCUUGUUUGUACAUAUUUGCUUGUCUUUUCCCACUAGAGUGUAAGCUCCAAGAGGGCAGGUUCUGUUUUCAGCCUUAUCUCCAACAUUUAGCAACAGUGACUGACACAUAGGUGCUCAAUAAAUGUUUGUUGACUGACUGACUCUUGGCCACAGCCCUGUCUAAAUUCAAAUUCACAGAAUAGAGUUUCAGUCUUUGUGUAAAGAACAUAGAAAACAAUAAUAACAGACAACAUUUAUACAGCACUUUAGAGUUUGCAGAGCAACUACAUCAUGUGAUGAAAGACUUGUUUUCCAUAGCAGGGAAUGGGGUCUUGGGUCACCUUGACUCAGUAGCCAUCCCUUUCCCUACAGUACAUGGUUCAGCCCACCUGUCCACAUCCUUAACCUGUAUUUGAUUGCCUCUCAUACUUAGCCUUCCUACUCCAAAAACAUUUCACCCCCCCUUGACCAAAGUCAGUUGGGGAUAUGUGUUUGGGGUUUAAUUUAUAUAGAAUACAUGAAGUCCAAGACUUUUAAUCACUUAAAAAUCAGUCAACAAAGGUUAAGUACUUAUUACAUGAAAGACUCUUAAGACUUUGGGAAUACAAAGAAAACAUUCUCUGCCCUUUGGGAGCUUACAUUGUGUUGGUGGGAGGUGGGGAGGAAUUGGGAGGAUACAACUUGAUUACAGGUAAGUAAAAGAUAAUUUGAGGGAGAAAACAUUUAACUACCCAGAUGGUUCUGGAAAGGCAUUGAGUAAAAUGAGCCAUCUUUUGGAAAGAGUUCUUUGAAGUGGUGGAGGGGGUAUGCAUCCAGGCCAUGAGUGCAACGCCAUUAAGAAUGUUUAGGAAAUAGCAAGCAGGUCAGUUUGGCUGAAAUGUCCAUAGGAAAAGACAUGAAAUGUCAGGAAAAGUUCAUAGGAGUUAGGCUGUAAAUAUUCUAGAGACUAGAGAGCCACUGAAGAAUUCUGAACAAGCAAGUAACAUAGUCUGAUGCAUCUUGAAAAUAUUCAUCUGGCAGCUAUGGGGAGAUUAGGUUGAAAAGGAGAGACAGAUUGGAAGUAGAUGCAUUGAGGGUAUUAAAAUAAUCCAGGUGAGAGAUGAGAUCCUGAAUUGAGUAGUCUAAGCUUUGAGAUUGAAGGGAAAAGCCUGUGGAUGCAAGAGAGAGAUGGUGAGAACUGACAAAUGUUGGCAACUAAUUGGAUAAAGGGAUGGGCAGGAAAGGGAAAAUGGACAAUUUCCCAUCUCUCCAGAAAGCCCUUUGUAAAUUUUUGUAGGAUCAGGGGAGAGCAAAGAUGGUAGUGAUUUGUCCAGAUUACUUGAGUAAUAAACGGCUAUAAAAUUGAAUUUAUAAAUCCAUGCUCUCUCCCUUGUUAUUAAGGACAGAAUCUGCCCUUUUGCAAUUACCCCUAGAAGCGGACAGCAUAGUCACCUAUUUCUGCAAAUAGGGAAUUUCCAUCCAGAAAAGGUUUGGGAACACCAGGACAACCAACUCAGGGACAGUCAAGAGGAAUCAAGUAGCAUGAAAUGUUUCCAGUAGAAACUCAUUGGCUAGGGUCAGUGGAUGAUAGCUUCUUCAGGAACUGGUAAAAAUGUCAUUGAGUCAACUCCAACUUAUUUCUAACAUAGAGGAAUAAAGGUGCUGUUUGGCUUCAAGUGCCAAAAGGAUUUUAUGGCAUGGUGGGCCCAGUAAAGUACCAGCAGGUCCCUGUCCUAUGAAACAUGCUGUGGAAUUCAAGAAACCAGGAAUGGCUUCUCUUGGCCAGGAUCAAUGCAGGUCAUAUUGAUACCUGCCUUGAUUCCAGAGUGCAGACUGCUUUGCGCUCUCUGCCCCAUAGCCUCAGGCUACAAGAAAAAAAAAAAAAAAAGAAACUGGUAGUAACAAGGGUUAAGGAUAGUUGUAAAAUUUGAAAUUUGCCAAAUGACUGGUUUGUGAUUAGUCAGUUUGCAGUGUCCACUUAGCCCUAAGGUUCUAAAUCUCUGAAAUCCCCACCCCAGCUUGCCUGCCUCAGAUGAUACCCCAUUCCUUCUAGUGUAUCCAGUGUUCUGUUUGAUCUUACUCAGAUCUACUCCAGAAACUUCCUUUGUAGAAAUGGCAUAAGGGUUAUCUGUGUCCCUUCUACAUAUGUGUAUGUGGGCAACCACGUGUGUAUUUAGCCUAGCCAUCCUGCAUCAUCUGAAUUUUUUCCUAUCAGAAAUGUGGAAAGUGAAAGAAGAACUGAGAGAAAA